AUGAUUUCACAAUCGAUUCAUCUGCAAAUUUCAUUGUAUUUAUUUAUAUUGUAUGGGUCAAAAACAACAAGCACUGCUGGAUUUCCGCCAUUAUUCGAAUCCGGGUUAAUGUACUUAGCUGAAACUUUGGAAUGGGAAUCACACGAAACCGUCAAUCAGGCAAAAGUUUUCCCGGAAUACGAUUUCAUCGUCGUCGGUGCCGGAAGUGCCGGAUCGGUAGUGGCGAGCCGAUUGUCCGAAGUCAAAAAAUGGCAGGUGCUGUUGAUCGAAGCCGGACAACACGCUUCACACAUCAUGGACGUACCUUUGACCGCUCCGUUUUUGCAAUUUUCUGAGGCCAAUUGGAAAUAUAAGACAGUGCCGAUGAAAAACUCGUGCUUAGGUUUCGAAGGCAAUCGGUGCAAAUUUCCGAGGGGCAAAGUCAUGGGUGGCAGUAGCGUAUUGAAUUACAUGAUAUAUACACGUGGUAACAUAAAGGAUUACGACUAUUGGGCGGAUAUGGGAAAUACUGGUUGGGAUUAUAAUAGCGUUCUGAAAUAUUUCAUCAAAUCGGAAAACGCUAACUUAUCUCAGGCCGACCCGGGUUAUCACGGAAAAAACGGAUUAUUGUCGGUGUCCGACGUCCCGUACAGGACGCCAAUAGCAAAGGCUUUUGUGGAAGCUGGAUCACAAAUCGGACUUCCUGUUGUAGAUGUCAACGGGGAGAAACAAGUCGGCAUCAAUUAUUUACAGGCCACCAUGAAGAACGGUCGGCGAUGGAGUACAAACACGGCGUUUCUGUUCCCUGCGAAAAAAAGAAAAAACCUCCACGUGAAAAAGCAGAGCAUGGUAACAAGGAUACUGAUAGACGAAUUGUCAAACAAGGCGAUCGGAGUGGAGUUUGUAUCGAAUCGAAAGAAACACAGGGUGUUUGUGCGGAAGGAAGUGAUCGUUUCCGGUGGAGCCAUAAACACGCCACAGCUGCUCAUACUGUCAGGAAUCGGGCCCAAGCAACACUUGGCGGACAUCCGGAUCCCGUUGGUGAAAGACUUGCCAGUCGGCGAGAACCUGAUGGACCACGUGUCACUCGGCAGUCUGGUCGUAUCGAUAAACGAAUCCAUUUCGAUCCGUCUGAAAAAUUCUUUGGAAGAUCCGAACGUCAUGAACGAUUACUUACGGUACGGCGGUGGCCUUAACACGGUGCCGGGAGGCGCCGAGGCCCUGGCGUUUGUUGACGUGGAUAGACCCGGGUCUAGAGACGGACAUCCCAAUCUUGAGUUGCUGCUGAUAUCAGGAACGUACUCGGCCGAUAAGAUGAUGCCCAAGCUGUGCGGCAUGAGGCCCGACCUGUACGACGCAGUGUAUCGGGCCACUGAGGCUACGGACGGGUUCACGGUGUUCCCGAUGGUGUUGCGUCCCAAGAGCCGCGGCCGCGUGUGGCUGAGAGACGCCAACCCGUUCCAUCACCCGCUGAUCGACCCCAACUAUUUCGCCGAUGAGGCCGACCUGGACGUGAUCGUGGCCGGAGUCCGGCUCGUCCAGCAGAUGCUGCGCACGGGCCCGAUGAGGUCACUCAACGCCACGAUCCUGGAAACGCCGCUUCCGGGUUGCGCGCAACACGUGUUCGACACGGACGCGUACUGGAAGUGUGCCAGCAGACAGAUAUCGUUCACGAUCUAUCACCUGUCCGGCACGUGCAAGAUGGGACCGGUCACAGAUCCGACGGCCGUCGUGGACCCGAGGUUGCGCGUGCACGGCGUCAGCGGCCUGAGAGUGGUGGACGCGUCGAUCAUGCCGGAAGUGCCGGCGGCUCACACCAACGCCCCGACGAUCAUGAUCGCGGAAAAAGCGUCCGACAUGAUUAAAGAGGACUGGGACGUACCUACGGACGUCAUAGACUACGGCGCUACAAUACACAUAUAA